AUGGGUUACGGUGAAUAUGGUGCUGCAUCUGGUUAUUUUCCGUCACAACAACCGAAUCCCAAUAUUUGGGAAUCGAGCAAUGUCUUAUCUGAAGAAGAUGAGGCAAAUGAAGAAUGCGAGGAUGAUGGUGAGGGAAAUGAAACUCCUUCCCCCCAUCAAAACUUCACUCAAAUGUUACAGCAACCACUCCAAUUAACUCCGGAAUUUCGUGUUGGUUGUUCAAACAAUAGAGGUUGGUCGCGAUCAGAAACUGCGGCUCUUAUAUCCGCCUACAUGAACACCAGCACCGACAUAAUUAUCGGCACAAAUCAAAAGAAGGGUGUAUUUUGGAACAGAGUCUUGGACGCAUACGAUGCUGCCAGGGCAUCGAAUCCAGUUGAAAUAUCCCUACGAACUAUUAGUAGUUUGAAGGGAAGGUGGAUGCGAAUCUUUGAAGCCGUGUUAAAGUGGUGCGGAAGCUAUGAUAAGGCCCGGAAGCGAAAGGGAAGUGGCUAUAACGAAGAUGAUGUUAUCCAAGAGGCCCACAAAAUCCACGAGAACUCGUUCGGAUGA